AUGCUGCUACGAGUCUCGGCCAAUCCACGCCGUCACUCCUCGUCCGACGGCGACUCUCGUGGCCGGCUGAAUCCUCUGAUUGGCAACCUCCCUCCGCUGCAGCAAGAACAUCCCACCGAGACGCCACCAUGGCCUGUUGCUCCAGCCCGCUCCCCGGAUCCCAGCAACGCAGACUUGCCUCCGCCCCCUCCCCCUCCGCCGCGCGCCGAUGCAGCGCCUGCGUCCCCGAGCUGGACCUUGGACCCCGGGUCCUUCCCGUCGGGCCACGCUUACAAUGCCGUCUCCAGCGGCAAGAUGGCCAGGCUCGACCUUGACAACAUCAUCGGCGCCAAAGCCGGCGAGUUCGCCGCCGAAAAUGCCCUCACCAUCACCAACCCCAUGAGCCAGCCAAAGGUGCACACAAAAGCCGUCAGCGGCCGCACAGUCUUUAUUAAGUCCCGCAUGUCACCCACCUCUGCGCCGAAUCCAGUCGUUGCCCUCCGCGUCCUGGACAAGAUGUGUCGAGACCAGAAGAUUAAGCAAAAGUAUCACUCGCAAAAGUUCCACGAACGCAAGGGGUUGAGGAAGAAGAGGCUAAAGAGCUCCCGGUGGCGGGCGAGGUUCAAGACGGGCUUCCAGGCUACCGUCAGUAGGGUCUUGGAGCUGAAAAGGCAGGGCUGGUAA